AUGUACGCGGAGUUUGUGAGAAAGGAAAAAGCCACGCGCGAGCUAACGUUAACGCUAAACGCUAACGUUAACGCUAACGCUAACGCUGGCGCUAACGAUAACGUUGACGCUAACGUUGAUGCUGACGCUAACGUUAACGCUAACGUUAACGCUAACGUUAACGCUGACGCUAACGCUAACGCUAAUGCUGACGCUAACGCUGGCGCUAACGAUAACGUUGACGCUAACGUUGAUGCUGACGCUAACGUUAACGCUAACGUUAACGCUGACGCUAAAGCUAACGCUAAUGCUGACGCUAACGUUGACGCUAACGUUGAUGCUGACGCUAACGUUAACGCCAACCCUAACGCUGACGCUAACACUGACGCUAACGGUGACACUAACGCUGACACUAACGCUGACGCUAACGCUGACGCUAACGGUCACGCUAACGCUGAAGUUAACGCUGACGCUAACGCUGACGCUAACGCUGACGCUAAUGCUGACGCUAACGUUGACGCUAACGCUGAAGCGUUAUCGUCAGCAUUAGCGUCAGCGUUAGCGUCAGCCGCCAGCGUUAGCGUCAGCAUUAGCGUUAGCGUUAGCGUUAGCGUUAGCGUUAGCGUUAGCGUCAGCGUUAACGUUAGCGUCAGCAUCAACGUUAGCGUCAACGUUAUCGUUAGCGCCAGCGCUGACACUAACAUUAACGUUGACGCUAACGUUGAUGCUGACGCUAACGCUAAUGCUAACGCUAACGUUAACGUUAACGUUAACGCUAACGCUAACGUUAACACUAACGCUAACGCUGACGCUAACGCUGACGCUAACGUUGACACUAACGUUGACGCUAACAUUGGCGCUGACGUUGACGCUAGCAUUGGCGCUGACGCUAACGUUAACACUGACGCUGACGAUAACGUUGAAGCUAACGUUGAUGCUGACGCUAACGUUAACGCUAACGCUUACGCUGACGCUUAUGCUGACGCUAACACUGACGCUGACGCUAAAGCUAAACGCUAUCGUUAG